AAAGACGUUCCCGUAGUUUGAUUUGUGAAGUGUUCGAAUUGUGUUGGAGCCAAAUUUUGUUUUGCGAGUAGUGAAAAGUGUAAAGUGGUCAGUAAUGAAAUAUGUCGGAUAUAAAUCGUGUUCCACUAACAUGCGUGUCUCAGGCAUCGUCUAGUAAGAGCAAAAAUGUAAAAAAGAAAACAAUCAGAAUAUCCAUCAAGUUGCCCCAGUCAAAUGAAAACACAUGUCCGGAAUAUAACUACCAAGAUGAGCUUGAUGCGGUUAAGAGAAAAACCACCUCUAAGUCUAAUGAAAAUGGACGCGUGCUGGAUAUGCUUGAUGAUGAUGAUGAUGUCAGAAGGAUAGCUCUGGAAAUGGAAGAAAAAUAUGGCAAAGGUACCAGCAGCGUUGCGAAAAAAAAGCACAAGGGUAGAAAAGACGAUUAUGCCGACAUUGGUAUGGGGUACGAUGAAUCUGACUCGUUCAUUGACAAUACUGACGGCUACGACGAAAUCAUUCCACAGCACGUGACCACGUUACAUGGGGGCUUCUAUGUGAACGCAGGUGCGUUAGAAUUCAAGACUGACGACGAGGAGAGCGAGGAAUCGAGCAAUGAAGAUUCUACUUCUAGUGGUCAAUCGAGAAAGAGAAGUUUGGAUAGCGAUGGCUCCGAAGAGGAUGAGGCUAAACCGCGACAGAGUAAAAAGAUGAAGAUAGACCCCAAAGAGAACGGAAUGCAGAAAGCCUUGAAGAAGAAACUGUUCAGUCCGAAUAAGAUAUUGAAGAAGAAGAGGACACAGAACAUUCACAAAAAGACUGUUUCGGAACUGUUGAAAGAAAAACGGAAAGAUUUGAAUCUGACCGGGAAUGAGUCCGAAGUUAGGGUGGAUCAAGAAAAGGGCGAAGUGAAGAAACAUGUAGAAAAUGGAAAACUUGUGUCCAACAGUAUCAACGAUGCAAUCGAGUCAGUGGUUAAAGCAUCUGAAGAAAACGUUGGAAAAGUGGAAAAAAUCUCUAGUCAAGCUAAGGAUGCAACAGUUAAACCUGCUCCGUUGCCGGAGAACUUACCCAAAAACAUCCUACAAGUGAUACAUUCGAUAAAGGAGAAGGGAUCAAAUAGCAAAGAUGGCGAUAAAUUCACCAAGGAAAUAAAUCACCUCUUGACAAGUUUGGAAAGAAAGAGUAAAUUUCUUGGGAAACCGUCUAAAUAUAAGGUGUACGAGAAUCUUUCGUACUAUUUGAAGGUGGAGAAGCAAGUUUUGAUCCAGCACUGUAACCAGUUGGCUCUCAAGGACGAUCAGCACAAAAUCGAAUCCCUGCUUCGACAGUUGAAGACUGAAAUUGAUAAGGUGAUGCCCUCUAUCAUUCAAAAUUACGAGAGAGAAUGCGAACUCGUCAUAGAACGCAGAAAUCUGCUCCAACUACAGAAUCAUGAAGGCGACGAGAAACGAGUCAAAUCGAUUGGUCGACCAAAGAGGAAAUUUCAGUGGAACGAUAAUACUAGGAAACUCCUGAAAGACACUGCCACAGUCAAGAAGAGAAGCUUCCUGAAUCAGAACAAUUCGAUAGAUUCAUGGGAAGAAGAGCUCCUAACAUUCCUGAAGAACAAGGUGAUCCAUCUCUGGCCGGAAGGAUGGAUGACGAUGACCGCUCUCACCAAGGUCUGCAACAAGCUCUUCAACGAACCGAACACCGCGAAUCAGCCUUCGAGUUCGAAGAAAGAAAGCAACAAAAUCACUGCCAUUAACACUCCCAGCUUACCGUUUCCGAAUCUUUCCAUCACCCCGGUCAUGAAUAACGUGCCGAGUAGCAGAUCGACGCCGAAGACUUCACCGACGGAGGGUAAACCGGAAAAGAUGAACAACCAUCCGGUUGAAAGUUUCCAGAAGGAUUACACCAAGGAGAACAUUCCCAGAGAGCACAAUCAUAAAGAGAAGAGGAAGGAGGAACAUUCGGAUAAGAAAAAUAAUAACGCCGACACGUUCUUCAAGGUGGACUACGAUAAAGUUAAGCCAGUUCAGUCUAGUUCGAAACCCGUAGACCUGGUUAAGGACGCUCCGGAAAGCGCGAAAUUACCGAACGUUAGUAUUAUAGAAAUAGACGGACCGACUGAUUUCAGCAACCUACUGCCAAAAACCAAAUUCGCGUCGAAAAACGAUCACGAAAUUUCAAAAGUCUGUAAUAAAUUAAACGCCACCGGUGAAGGCGGCUCUCAUAGAGCGGAGAGAACCCUGAUCGUCAACGACCACGAAGUCACGAUGUUGAAGCCCGAGGAGAACCAGUUGAAUCUGACCGACGGCGACGACAUCCAGAAGGUGAUGGAGCACCUGAAGACUCUGCAACAGAUGUCGUCUCCGGUGAAACCCUUCGAAGGUUCUUCCUAUUCGAACUCCGGGUACACUCCGAAGACCUCGGGUUUGACGAAAAAUAACUUAGUGAAUAGCAGUUUUCAGGACGAGUACCAAAAACAAUUAUUGAACGCGUUAGGGAACUUGAGUGCUAGCCAGUCGAAGUCUAACUAUAAGUGCAGUUAAUAAAAGAGGUGUAUAAAUUUUAAAUAUGAUCUUGUGUAAAAAUUUUUAUAUUUUCUUCUGAGGUGUCGAGAUUCCUGUGGAAUCUACCAGAUGAGGAUGCGGCAGGUCGAAUGUGGCAUUCGUUGUCUGUUCAUGUAAAAAAAAUAUUUGGAAGAUUAUUAUGAACCAUCGAGAAACUUUUCCUUGUGAAUAUUGCGCUAUAUUUUUGUAUAAAAUCAAAAUUUGUUGUUUAUUGAGUACAGCCCCAGCUUUAUUUAUUGUAUUUUGUUUUUUUUUUACUUCAUAAAUAAAAGUCGAAAUUACAAGUA